AUGCAUGGCGAUGACGGAGUUGUGCAUUUAUACGACGACGAGGCUGAUACGGAGGACGUCGGUGAAUCUGAUGAGUUGGCAAGAUGGCAGGGUGAGGCGGAGUCUAUGCAGAGAUUGCCAGGACUUGGAAAUGAUUUCUCCGGUGCCAGCAGCGAGGAAGAAACGCAAGACAAGUUGCUGUCCUCCGGCGCGGACAGUGGCAGCGCUACCAGCUCCGAUCCGAUGAAUUUCGUUCGUAUGCUGUGA